AUGGCCCCGAACGUGCCCUCAACACGCAGUCGAGUCGCUGAAUAUGUCGACGAACACAUCCAAACAGCAGCAGACUUACAGACCCUAGACUCUCUCAUCAAAAACCUUCGGCAGCAGCAAGAACGUCAGCAACAGCAGUUGCGGGAAGCAGAAGUAAUCCUCGAUGAAGCCACAGAGGCGUCAAAGCUCCAUUCGGAGACGGUUCGGAAGCAUGCUGAGGCUUUCGCUGCACGCCAGGAAGACAUAAACAAGCGGCUUAUGGAGGUCACUCAGUCAAAAACUAGUGACGAGGCUAUCGUACAGUUUGAAGCCCGGAUGGAGAAGCUUCGGCGCUUGGAUGUUGCAAAGGGGUAUAUGGAUCUUUUGUCCAAGGUGAACUCCAUUGGCAAAAAUGUGCUGUCAGUCAUGAAAUCUUCUCCGAGUGAUGCGCUGCAGUCAUACGUUGAACUAAAAACUAUAUCUGCCUCGCUGGAAUCUGCCCAGAUCGCCGCUGAAGGGGCUGCACCUCACCUAGUGAAUUAUGUGUCUAAAUUGGCUAUUAAUUUGAAAGCGACGUUACAGAAAGAAUAUUCUGACAACCUUCGGGCCGUCCUAGAGAAAAUGAAGUGGCCUGCAAAGGAUCUUCAAGCAGAUGUUUCGUCAAUUGACGAAUGGACUGUUUGGGUUGAUCUUUUACUUCAACUACAGGAACCGGAUGUUGUAGCCCAAAUCGCGGCCAUUCAGGAUGAAUCGCAACAUCACGAUCCCCCCAUACUGUUGCCGGUGGAAGUGAUGGUAUAUCCUCUGGAUCUUCGAUUUAAAUAUCACUUCGGUGGUGAUAGACCGACAAAUAGACUAGACAAGCCUGAAUACUUUUUAUCCCACAUCAUUGACCUAAUCAAUACAUAUGAUGAUUUCUUUAUGGUAUAUCUCCAGCCGGUUCUCCAUGACCGUUCGCAAAAGUGUGACCCAAGACUCUUUCCGUUCUACGCAAAUGCCGUAUUCUCAUACAUUGCUGCCCUGAUGCCAAUGGCACGGCAAAAGGUCGACUCACUCCUCCCUCAUAUCGCUAAUCAACCCCAGCUUUUAAGUCAUUUGAUACAUGAAUUGAUGCAAUUUGACAAUGAUGUUCGAGAGACAUGGGGUUACUCGCCUGCAUUUAGCGGAGAUAAGUCAUGGAAAGGUUUGACUUGGGAGGUUUUAGUUAAAAAAGACUGGUUUUCUCAAUGGUUACAGGUGGAAAAAGACUUCGCGCUGUCCCGUUACCAGGAUAUCAUUGAUGCCGCUGAUAGUGGUGAAAUUGAUUUUGAUGGAGUCGAUGCGACCGCAACAAAGCCCACUAAGGCGGCCAUUCGGGUUAAUGAUCUUCUUGAGACAAUCACUGAUCGAUACCGCCCUUUGUCUUCUUUUAGUCAGAAGCUGCGAUUUCUCAUCGAUAUUCAGAUUACGAUUUUCGAUCACUUCCAUGAAAGAUUACAUUCUGGCCUUGAAGCUUAUCUUGCAAUGACAUCGACUAUUGGGCGUACUGUCCAGGGCUCUUCUGCCGGCCAAUUGAAUCUGGAAGGUAUCGCUGGCCUAGAGAGGCUAUGCAGAAUAUUUGGAAGUGCGGAGUAUUUGGAGAAAAAGAUGCAAGACUGGAGUGACGAUGUUUUUUUCCUGGAGCUCUGGUAUGAGUUGCAGGAUCGUGUCGAUCAAAACACGCGCACCGGUAGACCUGUUGCAGGCUCAAUGUCUGUUUCAGAGGUCGCUGCACGAACAUCGUCAUCGGUUACUGACAAUAACAGUGGACCACGUGUGGAGGGGGCUGAAGGAGUGCUAUUUGAUGAAACUUCAGCGGCCUACCGCCGCAUAAGAGUCAGAUCUGAAUCAAUUAUCGUGUCGAGUUUGACAUCGAAUAUGCAAAAUUUAAUGAGGCCGUAUUCCCGUAUAUCCACCUGGGCAUCACCGAUGUCCGUUUCUGAAGCGGGAGGAUUCACAAUGGCACCUUCUGCAGAGCUUGCAUCAUUUGGCCGAAGUGUCAGUACCGAACUGGAAUUUCUAUCACGAGUUCUAGGAUCUGCACCGCUAAAACGCAUCGCGCGACAGCUUAUGUUCUCAAUUCAAACAUUUUUAUGGGAUACUAUUUUGAUGCGAAAUAGCUUCUCAAUGGCAGGGGCUACUCAGUUUUCGGCUGAUGUUGAGCAUAUAUGCUCGACGGUGGACGAAGUGACAGGAGUUCCACAAGGCCAGUUUGAAGCUAGAAAGGCGAUCCAGCGACUCGAUGAUGGGCUAGCGCUGCUGCGGUUGAAGAUAAAACCUAGGGAUUCGACUAAUGCUGAAGGCACCUCGUCACAUAUCGGCCUCUGGGAGGUAGAAAAAAGACUGUUCGCAAGCAACGAAAGCGCUCGGGAAGUGCUGAAACAACUAGAAAUCGAGUCCUUGACAGAGUCCCAGGCUAGAUCUGUUUUAGAGAGACGGGUAGAGCUCCGCAGUUAA